AUGAAUAAUUUGACACAUCAUGAAACAACAGCCUUGAGUGCUCAACAACUUCAAGCUGUCUCGGCUGCCGGAGCGGCCCCCGCCCAGUGUCCAGUGCUCCGUCCCCCGUACCCCCGGCCCUCGCUGCCCGCUACCACGGGGACCGAGUCAUCUGACCAGGCGCCGUGCGCCUGCGCGGGCGGAGGGCAGGGGCGGUGCCGUGACGUGCCUCGCGGGCUGUCCUCGGGCGCGCCUUUCUUCGCUCAGCAGGUCUCUGAAGUCCACGUCGCUGACCGGAGGCGGCGUUGUCGGCGGCGAGCGGGUCUCUGCGGCCUAGGUAAGCAGCCUUUCGGGGGUAAAGAGACCCUCCUGCGGCGCGGGCGCGAGGGGCGGAGGCGUGGGGGCCCCGGGCCUCUAAGCAGAGAGCGUGUGGGUCGCAGUGGUGUGCGGGAGGCGACCCCCUUCCCGUGCGCCCCGCACCCUUCCCUGCGCCGCUCCCGCAGAGGGCGGAAGUUUGUGCGGGCGGCGCGCUCUGUCCCGACCACCCUGAGUUGUACGUGGUCCCACCUGGGAAUGGGUCGUUUCUGGGGUGGGGACGGAGCUCGGAGGCUCGGUCGAGGGGCGGCGCCGUCAUUUCCCGCUGCAGCUCUGCGACUCUUCCUGGUUCUGGUUCCUCUCGACUCUUUACGUUUCCACUGGACAAGCUCCCCAGAGAUGGUGAAGAAAGAGCCGCUGGCUGUGGUUUUUGCGGUGCCCCGCGUCCCUGGCGCUGUACUGAGUCACCUUCCUUGGUGGCUUAAUCCGACCGUCCGGGGUUUGGAAGGAGGAAGGAGAUGUUUUUUGAAUUCAGAUACUUUUUUUUUAGGUAGUAAAUACCCAAGGUUCCUAAAAAGAAGUCUUUUCCCCAAACAACUUUAAGAUACUUCCUACAUCUAGUGUUAGUUAUAUUAGAAAUUAUUCAUUUAUUUUGAAGUGUGACAUUUCUUGGGCACUUAGUUUUUGAGGAGGUAAGCGGUAACGUGGCUCAACAUUUAAUCAAUAAAAAAGGUAUACA